AUGUUGCCCAAGCCAAUGAUACGCCAUCUCCGUCUUUUAGGUUCAAACACGAACCGAGCAACGUUAUUAAGAAAGUUCAAGUCAGGAAACAAUAAAUUUUCAUCUAUCGAGGAGUUCAACAAGAACAAAACAAAGUACUCUUAUGGGUACAAUUUUGACUCUUUAAAAGAACUUGAUGACAAAACUCAACCCAAGUCUGAACCUUCCAAACUGAGAUCAAAUGAAGACACUAUCGACAUUAAUGAAGCCAUCGAGAAUGAUCCACGUCUCACUAAACUCAAACCAGGCUCACACGAAUAUCGAGAAACUUUACAUCAACUACAUCAAGAGUUCAUCUCAAAGCAAAAAAAUCAACAGAAACGUUAUGAAUUUAAUGAGAGGAUGAGAGGGGUAUUUUAUGGAGUUGCUGCAUUAGUUGGUGUUGUUUCGAUACAUCAAAUAUUCAUGAAUUACGAAUCCAUCAAGAAUCGACUUUUGAUGAAUUACACGUACAAAGAUUUCAAUGAUGAGGUGGGUGAUGCACCAAAGAAGAAUGUAAAGAGUUCCAAGCAUUUAUUGGAAAAGCUAGAAAGGGAGUUGAGUGAUGAGAAUAUUACUCAGCUAAAGGACUCUAUGGUAACACCUGGGGUUUAUCAAUUUGGUGACAACACAAAAAUACCCAUCAGAAUACCAGCAUUCGACGGAAUGUUUUUGAAGGAUGCCUUCAUCGAGAGAGGUCACAUAAUCGCAAUAACAGACAAGGGAAAAGUGGUAGAGUGGAAAAGGGGUCAACAUGCGGUGACUGAGGUCAAGCUUCCCUUUCUUGUAGAUAAGAUAACCGCAACCUCUGAUUAUGUUUACUAUUUGACUAGUCAGGGAGAAGUUGCCUACACACCAAGAAAGUCUGCUGCUGGAUUCCUUCCUAUGCUAAAACGCAACUGGUUGGGACUAUUAAAGUCUCAAACUUUUAACAAGUUAGAUGUCAAAAAUGUGGUUCAGUUUUCCUCCGGUAUUAAUCAUUUAUCGUUCCUCACCAAACAGGGGCAAAUCUUUGUGGUCAACUCUUCCAAAAACCCAAAAAACAUGGGUCAGUUUGGGCCUCAGUAUUCGCCAUUCGAUAAGAAGGAAAUUCCCGUAAACAAGCCGAUUGAUAUGACCUUGUUGAAUAAUGAGAUUGUCAAAGAAGGAAACCUUAAACGUAUAGUCACAAGGAAAUUCACAGAUAUAGCCAGUGGUGACUACUUCAAUAUAGCCGCUGAUGUUAAUGAUAGUGUGUGGACUUGGGGUGACAAUACUUUUGGUCAAUGUGGUGAUUCCAAUACUACUCAAAUCGAACCCAUUCCAAGAAAAGUUUUUGACAAAAAGGAUUACAAAAGGAUUUGCCGAAAUGUGUUUGGUAAAGGAGCUAAGGAUACAAACUUUGAAGUUACCAGAGUUUUGGCAUCGAAGGAGACCAGCUACAUUAUUUUGAAAUACAAUGAUCAAAACGCGAUUUUGAGCUUGGGCAACGGACUCAAUGGGCAAUUAGGUGGUGGCAGGUAUCUCCAUGUAUGUUCUUACCCGGAGAUUAUCAAAUCGUUAAUUGGAUUAAAGGAAUUUGAUGAGGAAACGAAUGCGGUUGUAAAUAUCGGUAUAAAGGAUGCCAUUCCUGGUCGCGAUCAUAUGUUCAUAGUAUUGGACAACCGAGGAUCAAAGGACGUGUUUGCAUUGGGUUCCAAUCAAUAUGGCCAAUUCGGAAACGGAAAAAGAAUCAAAGCAUGCAAACCAACCAGAUUACCAAGACUACUCGAACCACAAGAUGGAGAAAACAAAUUGGAUCUUGCAAAAUCUAUCAACGAUAUGAACACACAAAGAUUGCAAUUACUUGACAAUCACAAAAUCGGAAAACGCAAUGUCGAGCAAGCAAUCGCUGCAGGAGAGGACAGUUCGAUGAUUUACUACAAAGUCAAAUAA